AUGGCGACUCCUACGUCGCGGCCGUCGAGCAUCGUUAUCGACGACGCCAAUGGUCCUUUCGAGGUACCUACGUCCCCGGUCGCAGCUAUGGAGGACCUCUCGCUGUCCCCCACGCUUCAACGCGAAGAAGAGGACAACGCCGACUACGACUUGGCGUCUGCCUCGAAGCUCAUCCCGCUGUCCAUGACGGACUCAGCCAGUGGCGAUCGCCCGUUGCCGUCGCUGCACUCACCGCUUAUGUUCCGGGACGUGCCAUUCGCAGGUUUAUUCGUGCUGCAUCUGAUUCUGAUGCUGCUGGCCACUGGAAGUAUCCGCACGGACGGCGAGCGUGAGGAACUCGAAGAGGAACGCCGCGAAGUCGUGAGCGGUUUGAAGGACUCGCAGGACGACUCGAGCGUGGGACAGGAUGACGCAGACGUGGGCGUGGCGCUACGCUCGCUCUGUGUGGUGAACGUAUUGUUCGCUCUGGGCUGGCUGCUGCUAUUUAUUUUCUACUCCAAGCUGCGCUUCGUGCAGGGCUCGUGUAUCUUCUCCAUGGCUGGACUGUCGGCUCUGGCGGUCAUGCUUUUCCUGCUCGAGUCCAGUAAUGGUAUGUUCUGGGGUAUCAUGUGCACGGGCGUCGUGGUAAUGGACCUGGUGUGGUACGUACGCUCGAACCACGGCCUGGACUUCGUGGCAGUCUUCUUCGAGUUGGUCGUCGAGUUCUUGAUGACCCACUCGGCUCUUGGAUACGCUACAUGUGUCGUACUUGUGGCCUACACUGUAUGGGCCAGCUGGAUCUGCACGACGAUCGGAUAUGUUGGACGAGAGGUGUCACCCUGGAGCUUCUCGAUGAUCUACCUGGUCUUCCACUUCUACUGGAUGUCCAAUGUGUUUAAGAACAUCAUAACGAUUGUGGCUUCCGGCACGACUAUGAUCUGGUACUACCGCAAUGAAUCGACUGAGAUCUCGCCAGACAUUCGCGACAACAUCUCGGACGAUGCCUCUAAUGGCGACGGCAAUGACCAAACACAGCAAGACACAAGCACCGAUUAUCUUGACCGGAAAGUAGUGCUGCACUACGCACGCUGCGCCAUGUCGAGUUCAUUUGGCUCCAUUUGCAUCGGUUCUUUGUUGUGUCCACUGGCACAUCUCGUGUGGAAUGCUCUGCGCUGGGCUCGACGAGACGAAUCGAUUCUCUCGCGACGAUUUAUGUCGCUGCGUUCGGAGCGAGUGGAGCACUUCAUCCGCACGUAUCACAAGUAUGCUUUUGUGCACAUUGCCGGCUACAACAAGCCUUAUUACGUGGCAGCACACGACGCCUGGAAGCUGAUCGAGCAUCACGGCGUGGAAGCAAUUGUGGACGACGAUCUGACCAGCCGCAUCCUGCUGUUUGGCGGCAAUGGCUGGGCUGGCGUCAUGAGCGCGUUGACAGCGUCGGCUCUGGCUGGUGCAUCGUCCCACGCGACGUUCUUCACGUUGGUGGCCUUCACGCUUUGCUACACGACCAUCUCAUUGGCCACACAAGUGAUUGCGGCGGUCAUUAAGACGCUGUUCGUAUGCUUCGCCGAGAACCCGGGACGACUGAGCCAGCUACACCCGCUCAUCUACCACCGCUUCGUGCGACUCGCCGAGCUGAAGAGCUUCCGUGAUCACAAGGCACCUGCCACCACACGCGCGUAG